AUGAUAAGUACUGGUGCCUGGGUUGAGGAGCAGAAGCGCAGAGUUCUAUAUUGGUACAACAACCGCAGCGGGGGGUCCCACGGCGAAGCAGCCUGGGAGAAUGGCGACAGCUGGGGCUCUGCCGGAGUAAGGAAGUCGCCUCCGGGCAAGGCCACACCGCCGCGGCCGUCGUCGGCCACCCUCGCAGACAUGCCGCGCACAGGCUCAGCCUCCGCCACAAAAUCAAUGGGCCGCAUAGCGCAGUGUCAGCUUUUCAUGCAGCAAUUAAGGGACAUACACAUGCUUGCAGCUACAGAGUAA